AUGGAGGGGCUUAUGCUGUCUGACCUGGUUCGAUACCGGAAGCUCUUCCAGCUGCUCCUGGUCCUGGGCGUUGGUGGGACCUUCCCCAUUGGCUACCAAAUUUCGGUAGUCAGCUACCCCUCUGCGUACAUUAAACAGUUUAUGAACGAAACCUGGCUGCAGAGGUCGGGGUCGCCCCUCUCUGAGAAGACCCUCCUCUUCCUGUGGUCCCUCAUCGUGUCCAUCUAUGGCAUCGGGGGAUUGUUUGGCUGUCUGGCCAGCGGCUACCUGACUGUCAGAUAUGGCAAAAAGAACAGCCUGCUGGGCACGGACUUGCUCAUCAUCACCACGGCCUUCCUCGUGGGCUUCAGCCGGGUAGCCAAGUCCUUUGAAAUGAUUCUGAUUGGACGAUUCCUCUAUGGAGUCAGUGCCGGCUUCUGCAUGACCAUUCAUCCUCAGUACGCUGGCGAAGCUUCGCCCAAGAGGCUUCGAGGACUUGCCAAUGCCACAGCGGGCUUCUUUUGGUCACUCGGGAAAUCCGUGGGUCAAAUCCUGGGGCUCAGGGAGUUUCUGGGCAUGGACUCCUCCUGGCCUUGCCUGUUGGCCUUCAUUGGGGCUCCAUCCCUCCUCCAGCUGCUCACCUUGCCGUUCUUCCCCGAAUCCCCAUCGUACCUGUUAAUCCAGAAGGGAGAUGAAGGUGGCUGCUUGAAAGCCAUGCAGCAGCUCUGGGGCCAAGAAGACCCUCAGGAGGAGCUCUGCGAUCUGAAGAAGGAGCUGGCUGCCAGGCAGAGCGGUCGAGUCCUGGGAGCCAGAGACCUGGCGGGGGACCCCUCCCUGCGCCGGCAGCUGCAUGUCCUAGUGGUCGUGGUCGUCAUGUUGCAGCUCUGUGGCAUCAACGCAGUCUAUUUCUACACCUCGGAAGUCUUCCGCACGGCUGGCUUUGCAGAGGGGCUCAUCCCUUACCUCUCGCUGGGUCUGGGCUUCUGUGAGCUCUUCGCUUCCCUCCUCUGCAUCCUGUCCAUUGAGAGAUUUGGCCGGAGGACUCUCCUCUGGAAAGGUUGCGGGCUGAUGGCUCUGGUGCUCCUUCUGCUCACCGUCACGCUCUCCCUGCAGAACCGAUAUCCCUGGAUGUCUCAUGGCAGUGUUGCUCUGAUUUUUCUCUUUGUUAUCUUCUUUGGCAUCGGACCGAGUGGUGCUACCAUGUCUGUCAUGAUGGAGAUUUUCCACCAUUCUGCCCGACCAGCGGCUUUCCUGCUUGGCGGCUGCCUGAAUUGGGCAGGCCUCUUUCUCAUCGGCAUCACCUUCCCCUUCAUCGUGGAAUGCCUGGGCGCCUUCUCUUUCCUCCUCUUCAUGGUUGUCCUCGUGGGCUCGGGGAUUUUCUUCUACCUCUUCCUUCCGGAGACGAAGGGGAAAUCCAUUGUGGAGAUCACCGAGGCGUUCAACACGCCGCCUUUUGGGAAGCCGUUCGCUGCUGUCCUUCGGCACGGGUUCCAUGAAGAGUGUUCGGCCUACACCAGCUUCUGA